UUUUAAAAAAAUUUCCUUCUUUAUAUAUUUAUUUGACAAUUAAAUGUAUAUAUUUAUAUUAAAUGAUUGUAUAAAGGGUCAAGAAAGAAUGAAUUCCCAUCGCCAUCUUUCAGGGAGCACCAGCUCUGGGCCAACCUCUGUUCCAAGGGCUUUCGUGGAUCAUCCUGUUUAAUCCCCAUAAGGAUCCUAUGAAAGUGAAAAGUGAAAGCGUUAGUCACUCAAUCAUGUCUGACUCUUUGCCACCCCAUGGAGUGUAGCCUGCCAGGUUCCUCUGUCCAUGGGAUUUACCAGGCAAGAAUACUGGAGUGGGUUGCCAUUCCAUUCUCCAGGGGGUCUUUCCAACCCAGGGAUCAAACCUGGCUCUCCCACGUUGCAGGCAGAUUCUUUAACAUCUAGGCCACCAGGGAAGCCCAAAGAUCCUAUGAGUAGGGUUAAUGGUUAUGCCCAUUUCACAGAGGAGCAAACUGAGGUGUAGAGAAGCCCAGGAAACUUCCCAGAGUCAUGGCGAGGGCAGCAGUGGAAACCCAAUGGCUGGGCCACAGUGCCUGAUUCAUGUAGAGGUGGGGUGAGGGUUAGCAAGGAUGAUAAAGGGGAAGUGUGUUCCCAGUAGCUAUGACAUUCACCCAUCCCAGCCUAUGGACCCAGUCAGGAUCUCGGUCUUCUUCCGGAAGUGAUGUCUGAUUUCACUGCUGAUCACACCCACACAGGAACCAUAUGCAAAAACACAUAGUUAAUAGUAGGUGCAUGGUUAUGGCUACAGAAACAUCUGUAAGAGCGAGGCCUCACUGAGCGAGGCCAGACCCCAUCAGUGAGGGCUGUGGACCCUAAAGGAUGCCAGCACCUCGCAGCCGAGGCCUGAGUAUCCCUACUGAAGCCGAUUUCCACUGAGUGAGGCCUGAAAACUCUGGGCGUGGCUUGCACCUCAAGAGUGAGUCCUGAUUCCACCGUGGGCAGCCAGAGGCUCUUGAUCUACGUCUCUGCAGCCUGAACCCCACCUGUACACGGUGGAAGGCUGGAAGCGUCUACCCCUGAAGGAGAUCGCGGGUCUCCCUAACUGCUGUCUUGCCCCCUGUGAUUAUGGCCUUUGGUGUGUGGUGGGGGGCUCAUCACUGAUGGUGAUCCCAACUCCCAGAGCCUUCCUUUGCUUGGGCUCGUCUAGAGCUGGAUCCCUUCAGACCCCAGCAACUGCGACCCAGGCUGCAGCCCUGGCGUUGCCAUGGUGCCGCGGCCCAGCUGGUAGCAGCGGCGAGCCUGUGUGCGCAGGCUCAGGGCCGAGUAGCCGCCUCCGCGCGGAACUGCAGAGACUGAGCGGAGGCCGCAUGGCCAGACGUGGCCCCGGCGCGGCGAGGGGGACGCACCUCUCCCCGCGGCUCUAGGUGCCGACCGCGCAGCCUUCCCCAACAACUGGCCCGGGCGCCGCCGUGUCACCCCGCCUCGGUCAGGCACAAAGGGCGGAGCGGAGGGGCUGGUGGCAUCUCUGGAUUUGCCACGCAAACUCCCUGUGGGUGCUAGGACCCCCAUGAGGAGGGGGGCCUCAGGAAGGGCCGCCGGGUCGGCCGCCCAGAAGCAGCAGGAGCCCGAAGGUCACGUUCAUCUGAACCUGAACUCCAGGACCCACGGCGCUGUUCCAGGGUGGCAUUUGCCCAGGGCCCCGCAGCCCACGUGCGCCUCGGGCUCCCUCCUGCUCCGCGAUCAGCGCCAGAGGCACCAUGGCCACGGGCCCUUUAGGGGGACUGGUGCAGGGGGCUGGCCCUGUACGUGCACUGGGCCUCCCAGAGGACGUGGAGCCGGCGGCCAUCCAAGCGGUCCUGCAGCCGGUCUUCCUGCCCCAGGGCACGUUCGGGCUGAGGAACGCCAGGUCCAUGAGGGUAGAGAAGGCCAAAGCCACCGUGAUGGAGUUUGUGGAGAACAUUAAUCACAGCGCCAUCCCCGGGGAUCCGGGCAGGGACGGCGUCAAGAGGGUUCUGUGCAAGGAAAGCGCGGAGGACACGAGGGUCCUGAGGCAGAUGAGACGGUCGCUGCUGGAUGAACUCCCUCCUCCCGAGGCGGCAGUGGCCAGGGUCUCUGGGGACAGGUCCACUCCUCCCGAUUCGGAGACUCAGCUUCGGGGGUAGGGGCCGACGGUCAGGGAGGCUGACCCCGCUCCUGGGGCGGCUAGAACGUCCAGUCGUCGAGAUCGCGGAAACGGAACCAGAGGGAGCAGGUGGACACAGACGGGCAGAAGAGGGACUGUGCAGGGCGGCCAUCCACAUCGGGAAGCGGAUUCGGAAGACUCUUCUGAGGAGAGCCUGGGGCUCGCGAUCCAGGAGAUGGACCGGGAGGACCUCACGGGGAUGGGUCAUAGCAGGCUGCAGGCCUCCGCGGAGGAGUUCCUUAGGUAGUGGGCCCUCCAGAGCCAAGGAGAUGACGGGCAAGGUCCUCGUGAGUUCUUGGCCCUGGCAACGGUGAUGGACAAAGCCAAAAAAAGAGGAGAAAGAUUCCCCUUUCGGGCGGGGGUCGACUUGUCGGCCAUUCUGGCAGUGGGAGAAGCGUCUGAUGAGGAGACCGCGGACAGCGACGCCUCCCAGGAGUCCCAGGAAAACGGGGAUCAAGAAAAAGAGAGGGUGGACAAUCCUGAGUUUGUGGCCCUUGUGGCUCAUACAGACCCCUCUGCCCAGGACGAGGUGUUGAAAAUGGCUUCUGGGAUGGAGUCCUGGGCUGAAGGACAAGGAAGACAAGAGGCCUUGCUCGAGGUCUUGUCCGUCAGGGCCGAGGACACCUGGAACCGCGUGAAGGUGCAGGAGGCAGGCUGCCAGGUGGCCGCCGUGGUCCUGAGGAAGGCCAGCGACAACACCUGCUGGAAUGAAUGCGUCUCCCCACCAAGACUGAGCCCCAGACCCCCUUCAAGGGCAAGAAGUCUCCCCGGGGCGCUCUCGGGAGCUGAGGGGGAUGAGAGGAAGAGGUGGGGCCGAGGGCUCCUGGAGCUCGCGGCGCUCCGGGGGACCUACGACGUGGCUGAGGUGAUGGAGGAAGAAAAGGAAAAGGCCUGGGAGGGCGGGAGGUUGAAACUGUCCAAAGGCCACCUGGGGGAGGUCUUGGCGCUGCAGGCGGCCCGCGGGAACUGGGAAGCGCCUGGACCAAGCGGGCCCGCACGGCCUGCAGGGCCCUGGGUCGAGCAGGCGGCGUCAGCUCCCGCCCCAUCGGGGAACCCGCAAAACCCGAGAGGAGGGGAGCGGCGGCCGAGCCUGGAGGGGCGCCCUCCCGAGACGAAAGCCCAGGAGGCGACGGCAGGAAGCAAGAGCAGGAAGGGGCGCGCGGGAGCCGGGACGCAGGCCGAGGCCGCCAGGGCUCAGCCGCCCGCGGGCUCCAAGUCGGCGCGUGGGAAGAAGACUGGUUGGGGCAGGAGGCUGCACCCCAUGUGCCGCUAGGGCCGCUCCUAGGGGGCGAGGCUGCAGCUGCCGGCGGGGCCCCAGCUCGGCGCUCCCUCCGCCCUCCCCGCCGUGGUGGCAGCUCUGGCCGAACCAUGCAUUCCCGGCUCUUCUCUGCGCGCCGCCCACCGCUCGCUCUCCGGUCUUUUCAGUCCCUCCUUUGCAGGUGGUGCGAGCGAUCCUGACGCAAGAAGAAUGUAACUGUAAUGAGCGCCCGUGGAGGCAGCAGCCCCAGGUGACGGGGCGGUCUCAGGGCCCACCCAGCCGACUUGGCUUUGCGUCUCCUGGCUCAGCACAGGGGCGAGUGUGUCCGCGGACACCGGGCACCAGGGGAGGCCCGCAGUGCCGGGCGUUCUUUCUUGUUCUCGGUGGAGCCCUGAUCCCUUCCAGACUCAUGCUUCUGGCCAUCGUCCGUGAGCCCCUGUUCCUCAUUCCAAUCUGAUGGGGGCUGGCCUGUGUGAUGGAGGUUCCAGCCGGGCAAGAGGAGUGUCAGGAUGCAGCUGAGCCAGGAAGCUAAACCUCCUGCUCGGGGUGGGGAGGAGAGGAUUCCAGGAAGAGAAGCCUGAGAGGCAGGGGGGUGUGCUCCUGGGGGAGGGGAGAAGAGGUGG